AACACUAAUAUUGAUCGUCACCAAUCAGAAUAUUUGUAUUUUUGACCAUCCAACAAUGCAUAGGAGGAAGAAGAGGAACCCCCAGGUGAACUGAAGGAGGUUGUACGAACGUUCAGUUUCCCAUGUGGCCGAUGGCUCGCUCGUGAUGAAGAGGAUGGAGAGAUACUUGUGGAGCUGCGAGCGGAGGAUUACGAAGAUCUGGAGGAUAACACAUAUGAGGUUCAUGUGUUCACUGGGGAUAUGAUGGGAGCCGGAACCGAUGCAAGUGUUUACAUCAACAUCUAUGGAGAAAUGGGCGACACAGGCGAGAGAAAACUACGCAAGUCAAACCACCUUAACAAGUUUGAGCGCGGACAGGAGGAUGAGUUCACGAUCACGGGGAUGGAUCUGGGGCCUUUGAAGAAACUGAGGAUCCGUCAUGAUAACAAACAGGCUAAUGCUUCAUGGUACCUGGACCGCGUAGAGAUCUUCGAUACAAAAGAUGAAACCAUGUAUUUUUUCCCAUGCCAGCGCUGGUUGGCUGUAGAUGAAGAUGAUGGGCAGCUGGGCCGUGAGUUAGUGCCUGUGGACGAGGCUUUCAUGAAGAGAGAUGAAGAUGAAGAGGAGGAGUCUGGGCCUGCUCAGCUUGGAUUAGAGCAGAAAGCGAUGUCAACCACAUUCACAAUGAGAGUAAAAACAGGGGAGAAGAAGUAUGCUGGAACAGAUGCAAAUGUUUUCGCCAUUCUUUAUGGAACCAAAGACGACACAGGAAUCAUUAAUCUAAAGGCCUCGAAGAACCAUAAGAACAAGUUUGAGUUGGGAUUGAUUGAUGAGUUCACUAUAGAGGCAGUGGAUAUUGGGAAACUCAAGAGAAUCCGCAUUGGACAUGACAACGCAGGUGCGUCUCCAGGCUGGUUUCUAGACUGGGUGGAGAUCGAUGCUCCAUCUCUGGGUCAGCUGCUGCGCUUUCCAUGUGGACGAUGGCUGGAUAAAGGAAAAGACGACGGUGCCAUAGUCAGAGACCUGUACCCCAAUGAGCUGCAGACUGUGCUGUACACACCAUUUGUUCCGUAUGAAAUUAAAAUCUUCACCACUGAUAUAUUUGCUGGGGGAACCGACGCGGAUGUCUUCAUUAUUCUGUAUGGGCAGAAUGGAGUCUGUACGUCUCAGAAAUCUCUCUGCAUUAAUAAGAGAGAGAGGAGGAUGUACUUCGAGCGAGCGGCAGAAGACAUGUUUAUUGUUGAGCUGCAGGAUAUUGGAGAUAUCAUUGAGAAAAUCCGCAUCGGUCAUGAUAAUCGUGGGGUGAAUCCUGGCUGGCAUUUAGACCGAGUGGAAAUCCGAAGGCUGCUCCGGAAAGGAAAGGGCUCAGAAACAGCAAUAUUCCCGUGUGAGCGAUGGUUGGCUCAUUCGGAGGAGGACGGAGAGACGAUUCGUGAGCUGGUGCCGUCUGACAUCAUCGUAGAGAAACUUUCACGAGACGGGACCCUCAAAAUCAUCGAGACAGAAGUGGACGACGCACUGGAGAUUCACACAUAUACAGUGACAGUAAGCACGGGGGAUGUGUAUGGCGCCGGCACUGAUGCCAACGUGUUCAUCACUCUUUAUGGAGACAUGGGCGACACUGGAGAACGCAAACUCAGCAAGUCUGAGAACAGCAACAAGUUUGAGAGAGGAUCGGUGGACACGUUCACUCUGGAGGCUGUGGAUUUGGGCCAGGUGUUUAAGAUCCGCAUUCGCCAUGACAACAGCAUGCUGAGCGCCGACUGGUACCUGGAGCAGGUGGAAGUGUUGGACCAGGACACGGAGGAAAUCUUUCUGUUUUUGUGUGAGCGCUGGCUGUCCAGAAAGAGGGAGGACAAGCGGAUCGACAGGGUGUUCUACGUUAAGGGCUUUGAGGGAGAGCGAGAGACCGCCUUCUGCCCAAUUAAAAAAGUCACCAAUCUGGACAGCAACAUGAACAAGAAAAAGAAACGACUUUCUGAGGAUGAUGAAGAUGAGGAGGAAGCAUCACUGAUCCCCUACCACUUCUCGGUGACGACGGGUUCGGAUCGGGAUGCUAGUACAAGUAGCAGAGUAUACGUCAUCAUUAUAGGAAAGAUGCACAAGAGGUCGGAGCGUCUCUGGCUCGAUUUAGAUGGGAAGAGCGCAUUCCUUCCUGGAGCACUGGAUUACUUCACUUGUUACGGGACUGAUGUUGGAGAGAUCAAGAAAGUGGAAUUGGGUCAUGAUGGAGCGACUCCCGAGAGCUGCUGGUUGGUGGAUGAGUUGACUGUGGAGGUGCCGACUAAAGCGGUGCGCUAUGUGUUUCGCUGUAAAUGCUGGUUGGCCAAAGACAGAGGAGACGGACUGACCGCGCGCAUCCUAAAUGUGCAAGAUGCAGAAAUGGUCAAUAUCUCACAGAAGGUGAUCUAUGAGGUAACGGUGUUAACAGGAGACGUCCAGCACGCAGGCACAGACACACAGAUCUACAUGACCGUGUUUGGAGUCUACGGCACGUCGGAGGAAAUGUUACUGCCAAAAUUAGAGGACAGGUUUGAACGAGGGCAGGUGGACACAUUUAAUCUGGAGAUUGAGGAUAUCGCUCCUUUGAGAAAGAUGAGAGUGCGUAUCGAUGCUUCUGGAAGCAGACCCGACUGGUUCCUGGAUAAGAUUGAGCUUCAUAACCUGCAGACGGAUGAAGUGGCCACGUUCACGUAUGAGGAAUGGCUUUCUCGCUCAUACGGGCCCAAGCGAACGCUCAUAUGCGAGAUGCCGGCUGUGAUAGACGACGAGGAAAUGGUGGAGCUCACAAUAUACACUGUUUCUGUGAAGACCAGCGAUGCAACCGCGGCUGGAACCGAUGCUAAUGUGUGGAUGAUUAUUUUUGGUGAGAACGGUGACACUGGAACUCUAACUCUGAAAGAAAGCAACAACACCAACAAGUUUGAGCGCAAACAGACGGAUGUUUUCCGCUUUCCUGACAUCCUCAGCCUGGGCGAGCUCUCGAAAGUGCGCAUUUGGCACGACAACUCAGGUCCGGCUCCUGGUUGGCACCUGGAGUAUGUGGACGUUCAUGAUGACAUCUUGGGGAAGAAGUUUCGCUUCCAGUGUGACCGCUGGCUCGCCAAGAAUGAGGAUGACGGACAGAUCAUGAGAGAGCUGGCCUGUGCCAACAAUGAUGGAGUGGAUUUUGAUGAAAAAACCAAAUAUGAAAUCCUGGUCACGACAGCAGACAUGGAUGAUGCAGAAACCAAGGAGAAUGCCUGGAUUGUUCUAGAAGGCAAGAAGGGACGCUCCAAAGAGUUUGUGUUGGAGAACUCGGCUAAAAAGAAACGCUUUUUACGAGGCAAUACGGACCGUUUUGAGUUCUCCUCAAAGGAGCUGGGAGACAUCGCUAGUAUCUGUCUGGGACACAUCCCUAAAGAUGGCAAGAAGGUCAAAGUUGAAGCCUCCUGGUUUGUGGACGAGGUCAUUGUCACUGAGAAGGAACUUGGCAAUAAGUACAUCUUCCGCUGUGAUGCCCCCAUCUCUCUUUCCUCAAAGCGAGACGAGUUCCAGACAUUCGAGUGCACCAAAUUCAUCGAGAGCUUUAUCAGCAAGGCCCAAAGCCUUGUACCCGUGAAAUACGAGGCCAUCGUGAUCACUGGCGAUGAGAAGGGCGCGGGCACCGACGCCAAUGUUUUCAUCACAAUAUUUGGCAGCAAUGGAGACUCGGGUCGCAGGCAGCUCUGCAAGAAAUUCCUGAACCUGUUUGAGCGCGGACAAACCAACCGCUUCAUCCUGGAGCUGCUGGACAUGGGUGACCUGCUGCGGGUGCAAGUGGAGCACGAUAACUCUGGACUGAGCCCCGGCUGGCUCCUCAGCAGGAUCGAGAUCACCAACACAGCCAACGGGGUGACCACCAUCUUUAUCUGUGGGAAAUGGCUGGACAAGAACAAAGCGGAUGGCAGGAUAAAGCGUGUGAUCUAUCCCAAGUAUUGAUACUUCAGUCAGUAUUAAUAAUGAAUAUUCAUCGCAUGACAGGCUCUUGUCAAGAGAGCGUAAUUAUUUACUUGUGAUGUUCCAGAAUUUAAAUGAAAUGGACCCUUUUCACAUUUACAGGCUUUUCUCAGUCGUCGUCAUCAUA